AUGUCAGUGAAAAUCAUCGACAAUGGGCUUGCCCCUCCAGAAAUUGUUCACAGCCCCGUCUCCAUGAAACCUCGAUGCGAAAUACGAGCCCCGGCCUUGGAUUUGAUCUUCAUUCUGGACAGUUCGGGAUCGUUGCGUGACCAAUUUCCAGCCGAGAUUGACGUCAUUCGGCGGAUCAUUCGUCAUGUCACCAUAGGGGACACGGCGACCCGGGUGAUGCUAGUCCAGUUCAGUGGGACUCAGCACCUCGAGUUCAAUUUCAAUAAGUUCACCACUCGAGAAGAACUUCUGGCCGCUCUGGGUGUUCUCCGGCAUGUGUCCGGCAUAACUCGAAUCGGUGGAGCGUUCGAGUUCACUCUUGAGGCGCUAAGGGAUCCCUCUAAUGGCAUGCGGGAUGCCAACGUGCCGAAGAUUAUCUACCUACUUUCGGAUGGACGAACUCAUGACUAUCCGAAGGAUUGGGAAAUGGCCAACGUUGUCCGAAGGUCAAUCCCAAAUGUAGACAUUUGGGCAUAUGGAACCGGUAAUUACGUCGCUAUGCCAGCCCUUCUCAAUUACACACAGGAUGCUUCAGCGAUUGUCACAAAUGCGAAUUUGAACACGUUGGAGUCAAGAUUCGAUCCAUUCCACGGCAUCGAAAUCUGCGAGAAAAUUCCUUAUGCAGUGAGGCUAGCACUGAUCACCUAUUCGGGACAGACGUUCGUCCACUUCAAGUUCAACGAUCGUCAGUUCAGCAACAACUCGGCUGUUAUCAGCCAUUUGAAGACGUUACGGUCCAUCAAAGGAACCACAUCCACAGAUGUCGCUCUCAAUGAGACCUUUUCCCUGCUGAAGUCGCGCAGUCCAAACGAUGGAUUACGACAAGGAGUACCGAAAAUGGUGAUCAUCCUCACAGAUGGGCAUUCAGCAAGGAGUCCAAAGGAAACCGCCGAAGCGAUGAGAGCAGAUGGGAUAACAAUAUUGGCGGUCAGCGUCACACCAAGGCCUUAUGUUGACGAGGCUGAGCUUCUUGCGAUUACUGGCGAUCAAACAAGAGUAUUCACACCUAAAAACGCGCAGAACUUCGAAGCUGAGCUCAUGAAACACGUCGGUUUUGGAUGCGAAGGACUAGAACUUGGGCCUGACGCUAAACCUCGCGUUCGUGGAGCAACGGACGUCACGUGUGAUGCGAAUUCCGUCACACUAACUGUGAGGACACAACGUCCCAUGCAUGGUCUCGUCUAUGCUCAACAUUUCCACGAUACCCCUCAAUGUUCUCUGACAAGCGACGCUUCUUCACGCGAAGUUUCAAUCACAUUCCGCGACGGAACUUGUGGGCUUAGCAAAACUCCAGCAAAGAAUGGCGAUGGGUACAACUUCAACAUCACCGUAAUUCUUCAGUUCCACCCCAUCAUCAUCACAAGGGCAGAUCAGGGUCUUGAAGUGAGCUGUUUCUAUCAACAGCCGCUGUCUCCACAGGAGAUCACCCGAGUUUCAAAGAAUGUUGCCGACACUGACUGCACUUACCGUAUUCACAGGUACUCUCCUACUCAAUGCGUCGCCUUAGACGCCAAAGUCGGCGAGACGUUGUUCCACAAAUGGCAGUGUGACAGCCCUCCGCAGUUCUCCUAUUUGGUUCAUGACUGUUACGUGAAGUCCGACAAAGAGCGCCAUACAAAUUCUGGACAGUGCAGGGCAAGUCAACUGACCAUUUGCAAACACUGUUUAGACGAAGAAAUAGAAUUGCCAUUUCAGAUGGCGAUGCUAAUUGAAAACUUUCAGGAAAUGUCGGUGUUCAAGUUCCCAGGUGAAGGGGAUGUCUACUUUCAGUGCAAGAUUUCGCUGUGCGAUAUGGAGUCCGGAGCCCUGCCAUGCAUUACCCAAGUGCCGCCUCGCUGUUCAAAGAAGCGUCCAGUGAUCGCGUUCCGCGAAAAGCGCUCCGCUUCUACGGAUUCGCAGACACCACCAAUACCGCCGGUCUUGAACAUCGACCAGAACGCCGUUGAUCCGUCGAUGGUCAGAUCUCGCCGAAAUAUCGCUCAAACCAAGCCAGGCUUCUACAUGACACUCGAUGUGGAGACCAGGUACGUCGAAGAUAUGAUAGUGUAG